GGGUUUCUACUCUGUAGUGUUAUUUAUUCACUGGCAGAGCAGUUUUUAUCUACUUCAUAUUAAAGAGACUCUUUCAGGUUAUUUUACUUGGCUUCUCUUAACUCACACCUCGAUCACUUGCAAUAAUUUUUUAUAAGCAAUGGAGUCGAAUCCACCUUUACCUGCACCAAACGACUUGGCAGCUACUUGGGCUUUUCUUGAAAAUGGCAUCGAUCAAAUUAUGAAUAGGCUGGAAGAAGGAUUAAGCUACAAGCGAUAUAUGGAUCUUUAUACUGGUAUUUACAAUUAUUGUACAAGCAGUCGUAUGAAUCCUGGUUUUGCUUCAGAACCUCUCGCUGGUCCUGGUUCUAAUUUAAAUAAUAAUCGAGGGGCCAAUUUAAUGGGUAGUGAUUUAUAUCAGAAUCUACAAAGAUAUCUAGAAAGACAUCUUUUCACUAUUCGUGAGAAUUCAACGCAGUAUAUGGACGAGAAUUUAUUGCGGUAUUAUACUAGACAUUGGGAGAAAUAUACAACGGCUUCCUCAUACGUGCAUCAUGUGUUCCGGUAUCUUAAUCGUCAUUGGGUGAAGAGAGAAAUCGAUGAAGGUCGCAAGACAGUCUAUGACGUUUAUACUCUCACCUUAGUCAGCUGGCGAGAACACAUGUUUAAACAUGUAGAACGCCACGUAAUGACUGCAGUGUUAAAACUCAUCGAACGACAAAGGAAUGGUGAGACUGUUGAAACUGGUCUCGUUAAAAGUGUUGUUGAAUCUUUCGUUGCUCUUGGUCUUGAUGAUGCGGAUUCUUCUAAAUCCACGCUUGAUGUUUAUAAGGAUCAUUUUGAAAGACCAUUCGUGGAAGCUUCGGAAGUUUAUUAUAAGAAAGAAUCGGAAAAGUUUGUCAGCGAAAACAGUGUCACAGAUUAUAUGAAAAAGGCCGAGACGCGUUUAUCCGAGGAAGAAAACCGCGUAAAAAUGUAUUUACAUACGAGUACUAAUAAACCUCUUAUUACAACAUGUGAGGCAGUACUUGUAAAGAAUCAUACAGACAUCAUGUGGGAUGAAUUCCAAAAUUUAUUGAAUAUGGAUAAAUUAGAUGACCUCCAUAGGAUGUAUUCUCUUUUAUCGCGUAUCCCUGAAGGAUUGGACCCACUACGUACGCGAUUCGAAGAACAUGUGCGCAAGGCUGGUUUGAGUGCUAUCGAAAAAAUUGCAGAUCAAGGCGGUGAAACCAUGGAGCCAAAAACUUACGUCGAUGCACUGUUGGAAGUCCAUAGAAAAUAUAAUGAUAUGGUUACAACAGCGUUCAGAGGCGAAGCUGGCUUCGUUGCAUCACUGGAUAAGGCUUGUCGAGAGUUUGUGAAUCGCAACAAUGUGUGUAAGUCCUCGACAUCAAAAUCCCCAGAAUUGUUGGCCAGGUUCUGCGAUUCAUUACUUAGGAAGAGUGCGAAGAAUCCAGAAGAAGGCGAUCUGGAAGAUGUAUUGAAUAACAUCAUGACAGUGUUCAAAUAUGUUGAGGAUAAAGACGUGUUCCAAAAAUUCUAUUCUAAAAUGUUAGCAAAACGUCUCGUGAACGGUACAUCGGCAUCAGAAGAUGCUGAGUCGAGCAUGAUAUCAAAAUUAAAGGAAGCUUGUGGCUUUGAAUAUACUUCAAAAUUACAACGCAUGUUUACGGACAUGGGUCUGAGUAAAGAUCUUAAUGAUCAAUUCAAAGAUAGAUUUUCGACGGAUGCAGGUGAUCAGCAAGUUGAUUUUUCGGUUCUUGUAUUGGGAACAGCAUCUUGGCCGCUUCAACCAUCUACUACUAAUUUCAUCAUACCCGAAGAGGUUGAAAAAACGUUUCACAAAUUCAAAAUGUUUUAUCAAAAUAAACAUUCAGGUCGUAAAUUAAAUUGGCUAUUUCAUCUUUCAAAAGGGGAAUUGAAAACUAAUUAUUUGAAGGCAUCAAAGACAACUUACACAUUUCAGGUUUCUACAUAUCAAAUGGGCAUUCUUCUGCAAUACAAUAAAGACACGACAUAUACUUUUGAAGAAUUGAGCCAAAGUACCGAUUUGAAUGCAGAAGUUUUAUCGGGACAAUUAGGAAUUUUAGUGAAAGCUAAAGUAUUACUACUCUCUAACGGAGCUGUUGGCGAACCCGGUUCUCGAUAUGAUUUGCAUAUGGAUUUCAAGAGUAAGAAGGUUCGUAUCCAAUUGAACGUUCCUGUUAAAUCUGAACAGAAGGUUGAAGUAGAAGAGACACAUAAGACUGUUGAAGAAGACAGAAAAUUGUUGAUGCAGGCCGCCAUUGUUCGUAUUAUGAAGACGCGCAAAACAAUGAAACACGUAGCUCUUGUCAACGAAGUAAUUUCUCAGCUAUCAAAUCGCUUCAAGCCAAAAAUUCCAGAUAUCAAAAAGUGUAUUGAUGUCUUGUUGGAAAAGGAAUAUUUAGAACGUGUAGAAGGCCAAAAGGACAUGUUUUCAUAUGUGGCUUAGUUUUUAGUUAAUUCGUUUAACAUUACUAUUAAUUCUUUUCAGACAAAUUUUAUCAUAGUGUAUAAUUUAUCGGAAUCUGCGUUAGAUAUUGUUGAUAAUAAUUGCCAUAGCUAAAAUCGAGUCUUGGUAAUAAAAGCUUGACAUGUUUUACUAUAAUGAACUAGCAGUAGUUUUGAAAUUGUAUAAACUUGGUGGUUUACUUCUCUUAUGUUGAUUAUAUACAAUGAUUCAGUCAAAAAAAUAGAAGUAUUAAGCCUAAAUUUUAUGAACAAUUUUAUUUUUUUAUUCUUUUUAACUCAUUUUUCCUUAUACUCCUUUUUUUUUUAAAAAAAAAAAAAUCCUUAUAUUUUCUUUAUAUAUGUACUUUUCU